GAUCGCCCGCCGGCGGGGAGAGCGCGUGGGCGGCGAGCGGUCCGCGAGCGCCUUUACAAUGGCCCUGACCCUGUUUGAUACAGAUGAAUAUAGACCUCCUGUUUGGAAAUCUUACUUAUAUCAGCUGCAACAGGAAGCCCCUCAUCCUCGAAGAAUCACCUGUACCAAUGAGGUAGAAAACAGACCAAAGUAUUAUGGAAGAGAGUUUCACGGCAUGAUCUCCCGAGAAGCAGCAGACCAGCUCCUGAGUGUGGCUGAGGGGAGCUACCUCAUUCGGGAGAGCCAGCGUCAGCCAGGAACCUACACUUUGGCUUUAAGAUUUGGAAGUCAAACCAGAAACUUCAGGCUCUACUACGAUGGCAAGCACUUUGUUGGGGAGAAGCGCUUUGAGUCCAUCCACGAUCUGGUGACUGAUGGAUUGAUUACUCUCUAUAUUGAAACCAAGGCAGCAGAAUACAUUGCCAAGAUGACGAUAAACCCAAUUUAUGAGCACAUAGGAUACACAACCUUAAACAGAGAGCCAGCAUACCAAAAACAUAUGCCAGUCCUGAAAGAGACACAUGAUGAGAGAGAUUCGACAGGCCAGGAUGGGGUGUCAGAGAAAAGGUUGACAUCACUUGUUAGAAGAGCAACUCUGAAAGAAAACGAGCAAAUUCCAAAAUAUGAGAAGGUUCACAAUUUCAAGGUCCACACCUUCAGAGGGCCACACUGGUGUGAGUACUGUGCCAACUUCAUGUGGGGACUCAUUGCUCAGGGAGUGAAGUGUGCAGAUUGUGGUUUGAAUGUUCAUAAGCAGUGUUCCAAGAUGGUCCCAAAUGACUGCAAGCCGGACUUGAAGCAUGUCAAGAAGGUGUACAGUUGUGACCUCACAACGCUCGUGAAAGCCCAUAUCACCAAGCGACCAAUGGUCGUGGACAUGUGCAUCAGGGAGAUCGAGGCCAGAGGUCUUAAUUCUGAAGGACUAUACCGAGUGUCAGGAUUUAGUGACCUAAUAGAAGAUGUCAAGAUGGCUUUUGACAGAGAUGGUGAGAAAGCAGAUAUUUCCGUGAACAUGUAUGAAGAUAUUAACAUUAUCACUGGCGCGCUGAAACUGUACUUCAGGGACUUACCAAUUCCACUCAUCACAUACGACGCCUACCCCAAGUUCAUAGAGUCUGCCAAAAUCAUGGAUCCCGAUGAGCAAUUAGAAACCCUUCAUGAAGCACUGAAGCUACUGCCACCUGCUCACUGCGAAACCCUCCGGUACCUCAUGGCGCAUCUGAAGAGAGUGACCCUCCAUGAAAAGGAGAACCUUAUGAAUGCAGAGAACCUCGGAAUUGUUUUCGGCCCGACUCUCAUGAGAUCUCCAGAACUAGAUGCAAUGGCUGCACUGAAUGAUAUACGGUAUCAGAGACUGGUGGUAGAGCUGCUUAUCAAAAAUGAAGACAUUUUAUUUUAAACUUUUAGUUUGAGGGGGAAAACGUUUUACAGAUGAAGGAAUGUUUUAUAGUAAUUUAAUUGGCUCGUCUAGCUGAAUUAUUUCUUGGUUAGAGGUUUGGGCAUAUAACCAGAUUAAAAUGAAGGAACUUUCUGUUGUUUUCGUAGCACCGCUCAGCUGUCCUUGUAAAACAGUGAACACACGCUUUGCAGUUCUAGUACUCCUGGGUGUUUAUCAUGUUCAGAGAAACUCAAGCUAUUGCAUGAUUAGCCCCCUAUUUGGCACGGGAACCCCAUACCAAGGAGACAACAAGCCUGCACCGCCUCUUCGUCCUGGGUAGUCUAUGGUUGUAAGUCAGCAUGUUUCGCAGAGUGACUCUGUCGUGACUUCGCUUUUGGGUUCUGUCGUUGGUUCUGAUGCUCACAUAAACAUGCAACUACAGUGGAUAAGACAGCACCUCUGCCUGCUGCAUUGCCAUCUACUGACAUAGGCCUAUUUUUCCUCAAAUGCUUUAUUUCUGGUUUCUCUUAGUUCUUCUUUAACAUAGUACUUUCCUUCCAGCAAGAGCAAAAAGCAGAUUACUUUAGUAAAUUCUCCACACCAAUAAAAAAGUACAAUGCAGAAUCUUUUCUGUUAAAAUAUUACUGGUUUUCAGUUGUGCUUUUGUGUUUUUAUCUGGCAUGCAUUUAUUAAUUUAUUAAAUUUGGCUUUUAGAAAUAAAAAAUAUUGAUAAUUUAU